GCCACCUGUGUGACCUCAAGCAACUCGAUCGACCCGCCAGCCGCCGGUUUGGUGGCCAAACAAAUACGACGCAACAUCCUCUCCUCAACGCCCGCAACUGGUAGACUGUGCGGAUAAAAGUGUUCUUGCUAAAGUGCCGCGCGUCAGACACGCUCGUGUCUGUCAAUAAGCCCCUGCUGUUGCGGCGUGCUCCUUUCCGACCAACGACAUGACGACCGCACAUCGCCCAACAUGGACCCCGGCCCAGGGUGGCACGGGCAAAUACGACAGCUCUUUGGGAGCCAUGUCCAAGCAGUACUCAGUCCGUGACGUGGUCGCCCACACCAAGCUCAAAGUUCGUGAGGAAGGCCAAGGCACGCGGUUUGAAAACUCGCUCAAAGACUUUCGCUCAGAGUUGGAAGAUCGCGAACGCGAACACCACGAGAAGCAGCUCAAGGAACAACAGAAAAUUGAAGGUCUCGCAGCCAUUACAGAAGGGCGUACCGGACUUCCUGCUGAGAAGAGACCCCGCAUCACCCACAUUGAAGCCAAUGCCCUAGAUGCAGAUGACGAUGACGAUGACGCUGACGACGCCGACAGCGACAGCGAUGAGAGCGACAGUGAUGACGACGAUGAUACAGAGCUGCUCCUUGCCGAGCUCGAAAAGAUCAAAAGGGAGCGUGCCGAUGAACAGGCGCGAAAGGACACGGAGCGCAUCGCGGCUGACGAAGAGCAGCGCCGUGAAUCCGCCUUGCAAGGCAACCCUCUUUUGCGAGGCCAAGCCUCAGACUUUACCGUCAAGCGUCGAUGGGAUGACGACGUCGUGUUCAAGAAUUGCGCCAAGGUUGAAGAGCGUGGCAAGAAGGAAACGUUCGUAAACGACACCUUGCGCAGCGAGUAUCAUCGCAAGUUUAUGGACAAAUUUAUCAAGUAACCGCUAGCUACCACCCAGCUGACGGACGCUUCGGACCGUAGUUCGAGACCCCGUAUGAAUGUAUCAAAUCAAUCGUCUAUUUUU